GAGUCUUGUUUGAUUGACUUAAUGAUUAAAAAUGCAAUCGGAUAAAAUUUGUUAGCUUUCAUUCUUCCAUUUAUCGAAGAGAGAGAGAGAGAGAAAGAGAGAGAGAGAGAGAGAGAGAGAGAGAGAGAGAGAGAAGGAUGAGAAAAGGACAGAUUGCAGGACAAUAAAACUGGAAGAAAAGCAAAAAUAGUAUCUGCCGAAAUACUUAACGUCGAUAUGGCAUUGAGACAAUAUCACGUCGACAGGGGUAGUAAGAGGGUAAAAGUUACGCCGCGCCGGCGCAAUAGCAUGUUUAUUGAUUUUGCAAGCAAAGCUACCCCAUACAGCCCGACAUCGAUUCGACCGCGAAGGAGAACCGAGCACCGGUUUGACAGUCGAUAUAAUCGGAGAGUCCAAUCCGUUCGACGAAAAGGGUGGAACGGCUGCUCGACGGUGAACGGAUCCCGUGGCGCGUCUUGUCCAGUGUGCGAAUGUAACGGGGGGUCGCGCGUUUCAUCUGGUGGCUGGGGAAAUACGCUCCGACGGGCUAACGUUUCCGUAUUCCGCGCGAAAGCGAGCACGAAAUCAUGCAGAACUAUGGACACGAGGAUUACGACUAUGGUAUGUCGAACGAUGCCCAGUCAUCGGGCAGAGUUCUCCCUCAGAUGCCGAGCGCCAGGCCGAUGGUGGACCCGCAGGCUGAGGGUGAGGUCGAUCCCACCAUGUACCCCCAAGCAAAGGAGGCCACGCACAAGAUUCGCGGUAAGAGCGACAUCCUGGAGUACCUCUUCGGUGCCGUCGACCAGGAACUCCUCACCGUGAAGACUUUCUAUUUUUUCUUCUAUUCGGCCUUCGGCUCCCUAUUUCCACUUAUGGGAGUGUAUUUCAAGCAGAUGGGCAUGAACGCGGGUCAAUGUGGCCUUCUCAUCGGUCUCAGGCCGUUCAUUGAAUUCCUGAGCGCCCCUUUCUGGGGUUCCUUGGCCGAUAGAUGGCAAAAAGGCAAACUUCUCUUAUUGGCUUCCCUUUCUUGCUGGAUUAUUUUCACUCUGCCGUUGGGCUUCAUUCAGCCUCCGCCCACCUCUUGUAUGGUUAGUACAAAUGAUACUCCCUAUCUGGAAGCGUCCAACAGGGAACAAAGAAUUGUAAAGAGAUCGACAGAUCUGAGUGACUUGUAUUACCCCGAGAAUAAAGAGGAAUAUCUGGAGGUCGCAUCUAACGUCGUCUUUGAAAGAUUACGACGAAGUACGGAUGAUAACGAAGUACUUGAUUAUAAGAAGAAAUCGAACUCAAAGGAAAUUAGUGCAUUUGGAUCUUAUGACACUGAGAAAAAUACUGUUAGAAAGUUUAAUAAAGGCGGCUAUAUUAUAUAUGAUUUGAGAAACAACAGAGUCAGAAGACAAACAUCUCUCACAGAUAAGGAUGAUGCCGGAAAUCUCAGGUAUAAAUUAUUAUCAGAAAGCAAUGUUGACAAUGCGGAUGCGACGGGAAUCGAUUUGGAAACGUUACAAAAGAAAAAUCGUCCAGCUGAUGUGUUGGAAUACAAACGUUUCAUGAAGAACGAACCAAUGCAGGCUGAGAGAACAGUUCCGAAAAAAGCUUACGUUCAUAUUAAAACGCGUGUGAAACCACCACCGGAGAAGAUAAUGGUAAAACGAGAUGUGGAGAAAAAGCAAACGUUUUUAGACAUGGUUAAAAUCAAUGACAAUGAGGAAGAAAACGAAAAAAAUAUAGAUAUGUCAUUGGUGAGACGUCGCAGAAGUAUAAGAAUGCUUCAUGGCCCGAUUGGACCUAACCAAUUGUCACCUCUAUCGGUUACUUAUGCUUCAAAUUAUAACGAAAAAGAGAAUAAGGAAUGGGUGAAGCCGCUUUUCAGUUCCAUAGUCUACAGAUUACCGGAUAUUCAAAAAACAUUCUUCCUUCUGUUAUUGUUGGUGGUAGUCGGUGAAUUUUUUUCGGCACCUGCCAUAACAUUAGCCGAUUCAGCUGUUAUUACUUUACUUGGUGAAGACGCUGAUAGAUAUGGUCAUCAACGCAUGUUUGGAAGUCUCGGAUGGGGUUUAGCCAUGUUUUUCGUUGGAAUCGCUCUCGAUCAUAGCACCGCUUUUCCGGAUCAUCCUUGCAAACCUGACGAGAGAGAAAAAAAUUACACGAUUUGUUUUGCAAUAUUUAGCGUUUUAAUGGGUGCCGCAUUGAUAACAGCAACACAAAUUAAUUUUAAAUAUGACUUUGCUCCUGCUGAGCCGGAAGUGGUGAAACCUCCAGCCGAGCCAACACGAGAAGAGCAGCUUCAAAGUCAGUUGUCCCAGCAACUUAAUCUGCCUGGGCUUCAGGAUUCUUCCGCUGCUGUAGAUCCUAAGCCUCCGCCUCCCGAAGGGAAGACCAAGAUGUUUGCCCAAACGAUGAAGGAAAUACCAGAAUGGGUGACAGUGUUGAAGCAAUUUAAGGAUGUAAAAUGCGCGUCGUUUCUUUUCGUAGCGUGGUUCAUGGGAUUUGGCAUAGGAUUGAUCUUCACUUUCCUAUUCUGGCAUCUUCAGGAUUACGGUGGUUCGCCAACUCUCUUCGGCGUUGCGUCUGUGAUCAAUCACAUUUCCGAGAUCUUUGCGUACUUCUUCAGUUUCAAACUUAUUCGACAGAUCGGACACGUGAAGGUAUUGUGUCUGGGUCUGGGUGGAAAUGUACUCCGAUUUCUCUACAUAUCCUGGCUGAAAAAUCCAUGGUGGGUAUUACCCUUCGAAUUUAUUCAGGGUAUCACGCACGCGGCAGUAUGGGCAGCAUGCUGCAGUUACAUCGCUCAUAAUACACCGGCACAAUUGCGUUCGAGCGCGCAGGGUGUUCUUCAGGGACUUCAUCAUGGACUUGGAAGAGGUUGCGGUGCGGUAAUUGGUGGCAUGUUCGUCGCGGCUUAUGGUACGACAGCGACUUUCCGAGCAUACGGUCUCAUCUGCAUCAUCGUCCUAGCAGUCUUUGUGUUCAUCAAUUUCUACAGAAAGGAUACCGGCUUUGUAUCCGAGCUACCGCAGACGGAAGAUCCGCAUCAAGUAGCCGAGGCUACUCACUUGGCACCGCACGGUGUACCGAGCAAUGCAAUACCGCGUGCCCUCAGUUCCACUCGUUUGCACGAACUGGCUAAUCAAGAUGCUGGCUACGGGGCGACUUAUCAGACAGCUGGUGGAAAUCUCGCGGUACCCGGUGCUAACGGAGGCCCUGGCAACCCAACGAACCCAUUCUUAAACGGCGGAGGUGGCGGCGAAGGUGGAUAUAAUUACGGUAUGACUGGCAAGGGAGAGGACGAGUAUAUUCGUAGGAGCUUCCAGAUCUACAGUGAAGUGGUCGGUAGGGAAUUCGAUGUCGUAAAACCAACUAUCCAACUACACGCCCAACAACCAUGCACCAAUCCCUUUCAUCAACACGACUACGACUGGUAACGACUCGAUCUGUCGCGAUGCCGUGGGUUGUUCCCCACGACGAUAUACUGAAAUGUGAACGCUUAAGAAGACAUUACUGAACAAAUAGUAACAUAAAUAUAAAUAUCCAUACGGAUAGGUACGUAUGCGUGCAUAGGAAUCCACGUGCAAAGCACAUAUAAGACAUAUGUAUAAGAUUAAUGAACUCGAAUAAUUCUAUGUAUUUAAACUUUAAAAGUCUUUAACUUACAAUUAGAGUCGACUUUUCCGUGGUCGGUAUAUCGUGAAGGAUCAUUCGUUGUAAGAUUACUAAUAUUUUAAGGAAACAUUAAUGAUGCUCUUUUGUAAUUUAAAUAGUCGUUCACACUGUAGGCUGCGAAAUGAUUGACUUCGAAUUUGACCAAAAGAAAAUGCAUCGUUCAGGCUUUCGUACGUAUAUAUAUAUAUAUAUGUAUACGUGCGUGUGUUGCACGUGGAGACGUAAUACGCAUCGUGCAUGCGUGCAUACGGACGUGCGUGUGGUCCGCCUUUACGCCGCCGUUGUAUGGAAUGUACCGAUAUAUGAGAUAUACGAUGUGAUAAAAUAUCUGUGUGGACAAGCGAGAAAAAAAGUGAACCAACGCUUCUGAUGCCCCAUUCGAUAGAUUUACUAAAUCUAACGAUUUAUCGCUACCCUCCUUAACUUACUCUGUUGUACGGUUCAUUUUUUUCAGUAUAUUAUUCGUUGCUUCCUUCUGACUUUGUAAACGAAUGUUCACGAGUCUAGGGUAUCAGGGAAUUAGUGGUAAGACUAAAUCCAAUUAAUCGAAAGUGCCUAUCGAAAGUUUCCUGAUGCCCUGUGCGACACGUACGUUACUUUUAUUUGUGCCCGACAGUUUAUCUUUUACCUUCCCGUAUGUAUAAUUAAGAAGAAAACAGUAAUUUAAUCUCGAACCUUAUAAAAUUUAUUAAUUUGAAUAGUUUUGAAUGUAAGAUCACGCUAACACUAAUACUUCAUUCGUCAUGUGACAAAUUUUUCAAGCGUAUUGAUUAGCUACAAAAGAUUUCUAUAGAAACUCAAUAACUCCUUUAUCCAGCAGCCAUUUAACAUGCUUGAAAAAUUUGUUGUAUGAAUGAAAUACUGACUAUAAUUAAUAUUUCAUUUGUCGUAUGACAAAUUUUUCAGUGCAUUGCAGCAUUGAUUGGUUAUAAAAUAAUAAAUAGAGAAGUUCUAUUCUUGAGUCUCCAAAGAGUCUCUAUUUUAUAGCCAAUCUAUACACGAUAAAUGAAAUAUUAAUCUAAGAGCUACGAGACAAGAUAACUUUCUAUUAUUC